UUCUACUAGUCACGAUGAAAGCGACCCGAUUUGAUCCAAUAUUAUUGCACAUGAACUAAGGUACAGGGCUUUGGUCCCUUUAUAUUGAGAAUCGGAUGUGUUUUGGAGUACGAUUUAUCGAGAAAUUAUUUAUUGCCAGGCAUGUCUCCUAACUGCGGACAAUCAGGUCUCAUCCAGAAUUCUUUAGAAAUCCUGUCGACAGCGCUUCUCUAUACCACCGCUUUCCUUGGAGGAUGUAACAUUGUAGGGAUGGUGUUCCUUUGCCUUCUUCUUACUCCUCUUUGGUUUGUGGUUGUGUUGUACCUUGGCUGGGUGUUUUACGAUUGGAAUGCACCGGAAAGAGGAGGUCACCAGUUUGGUAGUGACUUCAUAAGACAGCUAGCACUAUUCAGGUACAUAAGGGAUUAUUAUCCAAUCUCAAUAGAAAAGACCUCUGACCUGGAUCCUAACAAGAACUAUAUCUUUGGCUAUCACCCUCAUGGAUAUGUUGCAGAGGGAGCAGUAGUUGGGCUGAUAUCAGAUGCUUGUGGAUUUAGGGAACUAUUUCCAGGCAUCACAACACAUAUGGCAGUACACUCCUUCCCAAUAAAAGCACUACUGCACCGGGAGAUUUUGAUGAGCCUUGGAUUUGUAAAUGCCUCACGGGAGUCCCUUGAGUGUAUAUUAACCCAGCUAGGCCCAGGCCACUCUGCCGUGCUAGUCGUUGGGGGAGCAGCAGAAUUGCAACAUGUCCGUCAAGGCACGUAUGUUGUACCCCUCAACAACCGCAAGGGAUUUAUCAGACUGGCAUUGGAGACAGGAUCCCCUCUUGUUCCUGUCGUCGCAUAUGGCCAGAAUGAUGUCCUCCAUCAGCUUGGUAACUCGGUUGGUUCUCCUUGGUGGCGAUUCAACGGGUGGAUGGGGGAUGUCAGUAAAAAGUAUCUCGGAUUCUCCACCCGUUUUGGCCUGAUCCAUGGACGCUUUCUCCUUAUGCCAUAUCGGAUUCCCAUCCAUGUUGUAGUUGGACAACCAAUCAAUGUACUUAUGACAGCUCAACCAUCAAAGCAGGAAAUAGACAGCUUGCACGCGUUAUACUUAAAUAAGCUUCGAGAACUGUUUAAUAGUCACAAGGAGGGGACAAUAUGAAAGUCUUUCUUGCCAACAAACAGCCCAAAGUCGCGAUCGGAAAGACCCAAUUCCGUGGAAAGAUCCUGACUUCACUUGAGGAUAACGUGGGGUUUAUGUUUGCGGAGGUUAAUCUCGAGAAUGGCUUUACAGGAACACUUAUCCAACCGUACGAUGAACACAACCACUUGUAUUACUUUGUACAAGGGAAAUGUGAGGUGGCAAUUGAAAAUAAAGAAAUAUUCGUCGCGACCGCUGACUCAGUGCUUGCCUUGUCAUGGGAAACUCAAGCUUCGAUCAAAGUCUUGGAGCAUGCGCGGAUCGUCAUUGUCUCUGUCCCUCGGGAUCCUGCUAUGAAUCCCGCGAGUGCAGUGUUUCGCACUAUGAAGAGCCUGCAAGACAUGGACCGCUGGGUGGACUAUGGCAAGGGUAUCAGUCGGCGAUUUUUCACGAGAAAAGACGGGUUUAACAUCACGGUUACUAAUACUACGAUUGCCCCCAACGAGAAGGCACCAAUGCAGUACCGGCACCACUACGAGGCUAACUUCAUGGUUAGAGGGAGUGGCAGCUACACGUGGAAUGAUGGCGCUAGUACCCAGGCCUUCAACGAGACAGACCCAGACACGCGCGACGGGGUCAUGUACUUACUGGAUGAUCACGACGCGCAUGUCUUAACUGGGGGACCCGCUGGUGCAGAGAUUGUACUCGCGUUCUUCCCCGCGCUGGAAGGUGACGAAGUUCACGACUUUAGCGGUGGUUUCUCCUCCUACUAGAACGAUUUUUUUGUGUGCCCCCGAGCGCACACAUAAAAUAGGCUCGAUUUCAAACUCGUUUCUGUGAGGCCGCUGGAAAAUAGAACCUAUCCGUCCACAAAGAGAAGGAAGGAAAAAGUGUAGAAAAUUCAAAGGUUCUUGAGGAUGAAAGAAUUUUUUUCAGAGAAAAAAAACAGUUUUACUUAAACUGAUGUUGCACUGUCAAUUGUCAUUAAGAGACAUGUUGUUUAUGGACUCUUUGAUCCAACAAGAUUGACAUGAUAUGGUAAGAGGGGUUUCAGCCUGGUCUACCAAUACUGCAUUUUGAAUAAUUAUAAAAUAAACGCAACUUGUGUAAUCGUGUAAACUUGUACUACACACUAAAGAGAAUAAAGGGAAGCUUGUAUA